AUGUCUAUUAAUUGGGGAGAAUUAUUUCCUGGAAGAUGGAGCGGAAUUAUAUUUGUCUCUUACAUGGCACUAUUUAUCAAUCAAGGAAUUAUAGUCACGUGGUCACAAAAUGGAGGCGAUUACAAAUACAAUUUUGUAACUGUUGUACUGUUAACUGAAAUUGUUAAAUUAAUAGUAUCUAUUAUUUUUUAUUGUCGUGACAAUAACGCAUCGUUAUUUUUCAAUGAAUUAAUAAAAUAUCGGAAGAUAUUUCUUCUUUAUAUGGUGCCAUCAUUAUUAUAUUGUUUUUACAAUAAUUUAUCAUUUGUAAAUUUGGCAGCAUUCGACCCAACGACUUAUUAUUUAUUGCUUCAAUUUCGAGUCGUUAUAACUGGAAUUAUUUUUCAGGUUGUAUUUAAAAGACAACUAUCAUCAAAGCAAUGGUUAUCAUUAGUGAUUUUAACAUUAGGAUGUAUGAUAAAGCAUCUUGACUUCAAUGUAACGAGCAAUAACUUGUUAUCAAAUUUUCCAUUAAAUAUAAAUUUAUUUUAUAUUUUUAUACAGACAAUUUGUUCCUGUUUAGCAGGAGUGUACAAUGAAUAUUUAUUGAAAGGCCAAGGGGCGGACAUAGACAUUUUUUUACAAAAUAUAUUUAUGUACAUCGACAGUAGUUUUUGUAAUGUAUUUUUAUUAUUAGUAGAAGGUAACUUGCCGAAAGUAUUCGAUGACAUAGGCCCUAGUAUAUUAUUUCAACCAAAGGUUCUACUGAUAAUAAUCAACAACGCUGCAAUUGGAAUAAUAACUUCAUUUUUUCUAAAAAAUUUAAAUUCUAUUCUUAAAACUUUUGCUAGUGCAUUAGAACUUGUCUUCACAGCAAUAUUAUGCUGGAUGAUAUUUGGUAUUCCUAUUUAUAUUAACACGGUACUUGCUAUAGCUAUGGUAAGCUAUGCAGUAAUUUUAUACUCACAAAAUCCAGUGCAAAAUGUCACACCAAAAUCUGUUAAAGAUGACAAAGAAGAACUCGAAGGAUUAAUUGUUUAA